AUGUCAGCUAUCACGCGUUUAUUGUCCCACGCGCUCAAUAAACCCUAUCGAUCUCGAGAUAUUCCCGAAUCUGUACCGUGCCUCAACGAAAAUGGAUAUGUCGACUUCGCCCCCGGCGACAUCGAGAACCCUCACAACUGGUCGAUGGCUCGCCGUGUUGCCAUCACUAUAAGUGCCGUUUUACUCGUCGUGAAUGCCACAUUCGCCUCAAGCUCUCCCAGUGGCUGUUUUGGUUCCAUCUCCAAAGAGUUCGGGGUCUCGACCGAGGUAGCUGGUCUCACAAUCACGCUUUUCCUGCUCGGUUACUGCGCCGGUCCCCUCUUCUUCGCUCCCCUCAGCGAGUUCUACGGCCGUCGGUGGGUUUUCUACAUCAGUUUCACGCUUUAUCUUGCGUUCAACUUCCUAUGCGCCUUCGCACCCAAUCUGGGGGCCCUGCUAGUGGGUCGGUUCCUCACAGGAACUUUUGUCUCCGCUCCUUUGAGCAACGCUCCAGGUGUCCUCGCUGAUCUAUGGGAUCCGCUUCAGCGCGCCAACGCCAUGGCCGGUUUUUCGGCAAUGGUUUACAUCGGACCGGCUCUUGGUCCCGUUAUCGCAGGCUUUCUGGAGCUGGAGAAGGAUUGGCGAUGGAGCUUUUAUGUGCUGCUCUGGCUCGGUGGAGGAACGGCUGUCGUGAUGUUGACCAUCCCGGAGACAUACGCACCGAUAGUUUUGUACAACAAGGCGAAGCGAGUUCGAAAGGCAAAGAUCCCUGGGUACGAGAAUGUGAAAGCUGAAGUCGAGGACGGCGAUCGGACGCUUGUUGGUAUCUAUAAGGUGGCACUGACGCGGCCAUGGAUCAUCCUUUUCGACCCGAUUUCUCUACUUUGCGCCAUCUAUAUGGCAGUUGUCUAUACCUUGCUCUACAUGCUUUUCAGUAUCUAUCCCAUUGUGUUCCAAGAGAAACGCGGAUGGAACUCUGGUGUGGGCGAGUUGCCAUUGAUUGGGACCAUUGUUGGCGCGUUGAUCGGUGGUUUUAUCGUUUGGGUUGACACUCGCCUUCAGCAGCGAAAGAUUGAGAGGGGUGAGAAGAAAAUGGAAGAUGCCGUUCCUGAAGAUCGAUUAACCUUAGCGAUGAUUGGUGGGAUUAGCUUUCCGGCAACCAUGUUCUGGUUUGCGUGGUCAGCUGAAUAUAACUCUGUACACUGGAUCGUUCCCACUCUCGCUGGAUGCUUCCUCGCGAGCUCCUUGGUGCUCAUCUUUGUCGCAUACCUGAACUACCUUGUGGAUUGUUAUCUGAUGUACGCUGCCUCUGCCAUUGCUGCAAACACCAUUGCUCGCUCGGCCUGCGGGGCUGCCGCUCCGCUUUUCACCAACCAGAUGUUUACCGCGCUGGGUGUUGGAGGUGGAGGAAGCCUCAUCGGUGGCGUUGCUACCCUGCUAGCGUGCAUUCCUUUCCUCUUCUACAAGUAUGGAAAGCAGAUCAGAAUCCGAAGCCGAUUUGCACCGACGGCGGACGCUCACACGCAUGAAAUAUCGGAUGAGGAGAUUGGUUCACCAGAUAAGACUAUUCAGCCUUCUAUGUCGCAGUCCAGUGAGAGCGACGCAAUAGAGCGGAUAGAGGAUUGA